AGCGAGGUUGUUCCUUUCAGCAUGAAACAAAAAAACCCAACCAACUUUUCCCUUGAUAAAUCAUCGUCAAACCCUGUCAAGUUUGACAGUGGUGACAACACCAUCCAAGUUCAUGUUGUCAGCGACUGUGUGAUCCGUGUACAGCACCAUUUCUCUCACGAAGGGUGUCUGAAGGAAGCUGUAUCCUCCUCGUUUAAGGACUUUGAAGUCGCAGAUGACACUCAAUCAUCACUCUCUAUAAAGACAAGCAAGAUCACGGUCAAGGUCAACUAUAGCCCGGACUUCUACUUGACUUGGUACUACAACGACGAUUUAGAGACCCCCUUUGCGGAAGACUUGGCUUGCCGCGCAUAUCCUUAUGACCCAAAGACCGGAGCCAUCUGGCACUAUACCCGACGAAACGUAAAGGAUCAUUACUAUGGUCUAGGAGAACGAUCUGGUGAUUUGGAUUUACAUGGAAGACGCUUCCGCUUAGAGAGACUUGACUGUAUGGGGUACGAUGCUGAGAAUAUGGAUCCACUUUACAAGUUUUGUCCGUUCUAUAUUACGCUCUCCGGAACCUCCAAGAAGGCUCAUGGAAUAUACUAUAACAACUUUACACGAUCGAGCUUCGAUCUUGGCGAUGAAAAUGACGCGAUGUGGGGUCCCUACAAGUACUACAAUGCUGAUUGUGGUCCGCUCGACUACUAUGUCUUCUGGGGUCCUGAAAUUAAGGAUGUUGUUCAAGAGUUCUCUGACCUGAUGGGAAGACCAAAGGAAUUGCCCCCUCGCUACUCACUUGGCUAUCUUGCCUCAUCCAUGGCAUAUGCUGAAGUGGAUAAUGCUCAAGAAGCACUCGAAGAAUUUGCGCAAAACUGCCACAAGCAUGACAUCCCCUGUGACGGAAUGCAUUUGUCUUCUGGUUAUACUGUCAAUGAGGAGGGGGAGCGAUGUGUCUUCACAUGGAACUUGAAUCGAUUCCCCGACCCGAAGGCAUUCACCGACAAUCUCCGCAAAGCUGGCAUUCAUCUUUUUGCAAACAUUAAACCAUGGUUGCUAGAGAGCCAUCCAGACUACGAUUUGAUGAAAGAGCAAGGUGGAUAUGUAUUGGACGAUGAAGGCAAACCCGGUCGAGUCAUGCAAUGGAAGGGUGGCAGAGGAACGAUGGGUGCUAGUGCAUACAUUGAUUUCACUACCCCUGCUGGAUUCGACUAUUGGAAGAGCAAGGUCAAGGAGCAGUUGUUGGAAUACGGAAUUGAAGGUUGCUGGAAUGACAACAACGAGUUUACCAUGACUGACGAUGACUUUUCGAUCGCUUGCGAGAAGCACCCUUGGGUUGAUGUUUUGCAUAAGUUGCCCACUGAGCGCACCGCGAUUGGCUAUGUUGGCACACCCCUGUUGACCAUGUUGAUGGCGCAAUCAUCUUAUGAGGCUAUUCGGGAAUUCUGGCCCGAGAAGCGACCUUUCGUAAUUACACGUUCUGCCACCCCAUUCAUUCAUCAAAUUGUACCCCAAACAUGGAGCGGUGACAACUAUACAGCUUGGAAGACCAUCAAAUACAAUGUUCCUAUGGGAUCAAGUGCUGCAUUGUCUAUCUUCCCUGCAGGAUAUGGUCACGACGUUGGUGGUUUUGCCGGACCAAAGCCAGAUCCAGACUUGUUUGUACGAUGGGUGCAACAAGCCAUCUAUAUGCCAAGAUUUUCCAUUCACUCUUGGAACAUUGAUGACUCUGUAACAGAACCCUGGACGUAUCCUGAGGUUCUCCCAGUGAUUCGCUCCUCUAUCCAUUAUAGAUACCGAUUGAUUCCUUUCCUUUACAAUCUUUUGGUCAACUUCCACCGAACGGGCCAGCCUGUCCUUAGACCUAUUGUCUACCACUGUCAAGACGAUCCUGAAACUCAUCAGCAGAGCUUUGAGUUCAUGGUUGGCGAGUCCCUCAUGGUGGCACCUGUGUACGAGCCCAACGUGACCAAGCGCACAGUCUACCUUCCCAAGACAUACAAUUGGUACCAUCUUCAAACCGGAAAAUAUUAUACCGGUGGUCAGAAGAUCGAUGUCGAUGCUCCUCUUGACGCUGAGGCAGCACCUGCAUUUUUCCGUGAAUCAUCCCUUAUUCCAUUGGGUAAGACGAUGCAGCACGUUGGUUUCAGCGCUGAUGAUGAACGUGUCAUCGAAGUUUGGCCCUCCCAUUCGUCCUCCGGCGAGGUCGAGCACAAGCAGCUACUUGUCGAGGAUGAUGGUAUCAGCACUAAGCAUACUGAUGCAAAGGAGUAUACAGAGUUGGAAAUUUCAAUGCGCUCCACUGCGAAGACCAUCACUUUGGAUAUAAGCGUUGUUCACCAAAACUUCAAGCCAGCAUACAAUACUUUGAGCUUCGUAUUGAAGUCUGCUGAUGACGACCGCGAGAUUGUAUUUGCACAGAAGGAAGGUUCGCAAUUUAAGGUACAUCAAAAGAGCAAAGGAGCUUUCUCAAUUGAUAUGCCCUGGAAAUGAUAUCUGUCAGUAACUGAACCUUUGAACGCCCAAUUUUGAUUCUUUUUUACGCAUAAAUAAAAACUUGUAUUUUGUCAUAUAAACAGUGACG